CCAAACAUAAGGGAUCAUUUUUGUCAUUUUCUCCUGUUGCUGGCCUGCCCUUUUGUUCAUACUAUUAAGCACCAAGCAACAGUAGAAAAAAGAAAAGGUCCAUUCCCAUUUUCCAUCAUAACCAAACCCCAAAAAGCAAAAAACCCAAAGCUGAAAAAAUUGAAGAAGCUCAAGAACAACAACAAGGGUGUUUAUCCUUUUUGAAUUUUAGGAAGAAAAUGCCGAAUCAAAAGCAAGGAGGAGGUAGUGAACAACUGCAAACACUAAUGCAAUCAGGGCAAAUUUCAGGUUCAUUUAGCUUUAAUGGUUCAUUAAGUAAAGAAGAUGAAGAGAUGUCUAGGUCUGCACUUUCUUCUUUUAAGGCUAAAGAAGAAGAAAUUGAGAAAAGGAAAAUGGAAGUUAGAGAAAGAGUUCAAGCUCAAUUGGGUCGGGUCGAAGAAGAAACCCGACGUUUAGCUAUUAUCCGUGAGGAACUAGAAGCAUUGUCUGAUCCGAUGAAGAAAGACGUUCAAGCAGUUCGGAAGAGGAUCGAUACUGUCAACAAAGAGUUAAAACCCCUGGGACAGACCUGCCAGAAGAAGGAAAAAGAGUACAAAGAAGCUCUUGAGGCAUUCAAUGAGAAACACCAGGAAAAAGUACAGCUAAUAACAAAAUUGAUGGAGCUUGUGGGCGAAAGCGAGAAACUGCGAUUGAAGAAGUUGGAGGAGCUGAGCAAGAGCAUUGAAACAAUACAGUGAAUAACCAGUAAAAUCUUCCCUGACUAAUUAGGCUUGUGUGAUGUAUUUAAGAAAGUUCUUUUUUAUCUAUUUAUAUAUGUGUGUGGUGUUUGGUUGUAUUUCCUUUUUCUGCUUUGUUGUCUGAUCAUUUUAGAUUUUGAGGGAUGAUCAGUGUCUAAUUUUAGGUCUGUUAAGGGAAAAACCCUCUAAUACAGGUUUGUAACUAAAACAAGUCUCAGUAACUAUGGAUUCUUUUAAUUUUGUCUUCUCA